UUGUAUUGUAUAACCAGUCUGGUGGUCAAGCUGGGUUAGGCUAUGAUCCGAUCUGUUAUGUAUUUCAUCUGUGUUUGUCUUGUCUAUAUCUAUCCUCGUCUAUAUGUCACCGACUGUUCCUGUCUUCGUCUGUAUCAAAAGUACGCAUGAAUUGAAAGCUUUCACUUUUCAGAUUUGACGUUUUUAAUACGAAACAAUAAAAUGAUAUAUUUGGUCGAUUUAUAAUAAUAUGUGAUAUUAAUAACCUAUAACUGUAAUUUAUAUUAUUUUUUCUUCGAUUGUAUUGUGAACAGUCAAUACAUCUGAAAAAUGGUGAAAGCAAAUUGGAUUGCAAAAUCUGUGAACCAUAAAACAAUACGAUUUAUGAAUUUAGAAGAAGCAACAGAUCAUCCUCUGAAACCCGUUACAAUUACGUUAAUUGACGGUCGUAGCGGAGUUAAACGCAAUGUAUUGCAGCAUAUGAACAGUAGCUCUUCGAUUGAUACUACAGUACCAACUCACACACCAAUCUCUGGAAAUUCUUUAGUAGAUCCAUUAUUAAGUCAUUCUUCUCUUGAUGGAUCAGAUCCUCUUUCCCAGUUUGCUAGAGAAGAACUAGAUCCUUUAUCUAAGAUGGCUGCAGAUGAGUGGGAUUACUCUUGCACUAUUGCAGUCGCUGGUAAGAAAUCUAAAGAUACCGCAGAGGAAUUAGUCGAGCCUUGGUCAGCAAGACGUACUAUGAUAUUAAAUAAAUAUACAACUUCAGAAAAGUUGUCGAUUGUUACUAGCUUUUUGACGGGCGGCGAGAAAGUUGUUGUUAAAGUUCAACCAACUGGUGGAGUAGUUGAUAAGGUACGAACAAGAUUGGAACAACUAGAUGAUUUUGAAGAGGGAUCUGUUAGACAAAUGUUAGAUUUGUCGCAACAGCAAUAUGCUGCAAGAAUCGAACAAUUAAAUAAUGAACUUGUACAAGCAUGGCACUCUGAUCAAAGAGUUAAAGCACUUAAAAUAGCAAUUCAGUGUGCCAAAUUAUUAGUAGAUACAUCCGUCAUGGCUUUUUAUCCCAGUAAAUUUGUUCUUAUCACAGACAUCUUAGAUAUUUUUGGGAAACUUGUGUAUGGAAGAUUAAAAGUUAAGGCCGAAUAUUACAAACCAGGAAGUAAAGUGCCUACAAGUUUACCAGAUAAUUUUACACCAGAUAUGGUACCAGAGAAUGCAAAAGAAACUUGUAGAAACUGGUUUUAUAAAAUUGCAUCAAUAAGAGAAUUAGUUCCACGGCUUUAUGUAGAGAUGGCGAUAAUAAAGUCUUACAGUUUUUUAACAACAAGUGAAUUUAAUAAAGCACUAUUACGAAUAACACAAAUGAUACGAGGAAUUGGAAAUCCACUUAUAGCUAUAUAUGCCAGAUGUUAUUUAUGUCGAGUGGGAUUAGCUUUAAACAAAACGUCUGAUUUUGAAUUUGUAAGAGAAAAUUUUUAUGACUUCCUCUCUACAUAUCAGCAAUUAUUUGGUCCAUUUGUAAAAGACGAACUGGUUAAACAAAACAUGUCACUACAGUCUUAUUUAAAUCUGUAUUCGCCAGGUUUAGAUUGGAUUUUGCAAAUUUUAGUUGCCACAACUUCCGAAAGUAAUUUGGAAGGUGUGCUUUCUGAAUGCAAGAAACAACCAAACAAUUCUUUAUUAUUAAAUAGCGUCUUAACAGCAUUUAAGCCAACAUAUAUCGCUGCACGCGCAAUGGAGUUUGUAAAUUUGAUAAUUUCAACCGAAGAUGAUGGUUUUCCUCAAUAUCUUUUAUACCGAAGUUUAGGUGAAUGUCUAGUACAAGAAUCCCCACCAAAAGAAGAUUGUCAAGCAAUUCUUAAUGUAACUUGGAAGUACAUAACAGAUUUGACAAAUCCUACAAAAUUUAUGCAUUGUGUUGAAAUAUGGAUUCAAUUUACUGCCAUUCAUUUCUCUGUAAACGAACUAAACGUAUUCUUCGGAAAAAUAAUCGAUCGACUAAAUCCAAACAAAAAUUUUGAACAUUACUAUCCGCAGUUACAAAAUAUCAUUGAAAAAGUAGUUGUUCAUAAACAAGAUUUUGAGUCACUAUUCGCUAUGGAUAAUUUUUUACCUUUAAUCGAUUUGUUCCACAAGGAAACUAUUAAGGUUGAAGUUUGUAAAACAAUUAUAGAACGUUUAAGUGCUCAAGGUGGUUCUAUCGCCGAUCCUAUUAUUAUAAAUGCUCUCAUGUUUGUUGCUAGAAUAAUGCACGAUUCCGUUAGUGCUUUAACCGUUGAAGAUGAAAAGCGACAAAUUGGUCAACUAAUAUGUGGUCUAGUACAACGCGUUGAUUAUGACCGUGAUUUUGAAAAGCAACUUAAUUUUUACGUGGAAGCCAGAGCAGCUUUCCCUAAUCUCGACAGCGUUCAUAUACAACUUGUACAGUGUGUAAAUAGAUUAGCAGUCGAUACUAGAAAGAUCGUUCGUGGACAUCACACGAGAAGAACGUCAGCAUUUGUACGUGCCUGUGCUGCGUUUUGUUUUAUUACCAUUCCAUCACUGACGUUAGUUUAUACACGACUUCAAUUGUAUUUACUGUCAGGUCAAGUUGCACUUUUAAAUCAGUGUUUAGGUCAAGCCGAUGCAUGUUUUAAGGCUGCCUUAAGCUUAGUUCCAGAAAUGCCAAAAACAAUAGAUAUAGAUGGAAGGCAAAAAAGCUCGGAAGCAUAUUUACUUUCAUAUUUGUCCAAUUUUUUAUCAACCUUAUUGGUUGUACCGGAUAAUCCUCAAAAUGGUUUUCUAUAUUUGAUGAGAUGUUUCCUUGAUACUGUUGCGCGUUGUUUCGUGGAAAAUCCAUUAUUGAAGUCGUAUUUGGAUUUACGUGCGCUCGAUUUAUUGUCAGCGCUAACUCAGGAAAAUUAUCCGUACCACGUUGAUAAGAUUGAUUCUAACGAUAAAUUGUACGGAUCCGAUCUAACAUUUAUAACCGUGGUGAACAAAGUGUGUGCAGAAAUAGUAGAAAACAUCUUGUUACAUAUACAGAAUAUGAGUUACAACGGGCAACGCGAGAAGCAGGCAGCUCUUGCGCUUGAGCUUUUUAAUUGCUUCGUUAUUAGAGCUGAGUUACGUGAUCCGUCGUUGGCGCAGAUGGCUGUGAAUUUAUGGAAUUUUUCUCACCGGCAUGAUUUAAUAGAUUCCAAAGUGAAGAUGAAAACUAUAGCAUAUAUGGUACUAAAGAGUCAUCAUAAGGAGUAUGAACAUUUCUCGGAUAUUUUGAAAAAGAUGUCGAAAUAAACUUGUGAAUAAAAUAUAACAAAUGAAUGAAUAAAGAUUGAAGUUCUAUCUA